GCUGGUACAGUAAUCGACUUGUGUUUUGUUUUUAUUAAGUGGGAAGAAAGUAGUCCAAAAUCAUUACAAUAUCUAUCUGAAUGAGUAUUGCACAAUAACAAGCAAGAUAUCAAUUUGAUAAAUAAUUCAAGGUAUAAAUUAUUAAGAUGGAAAUCGGGAUAUUGGAGAUUCUUGGUGGCUUAACCGUGUUACUCUUCACCGGCUACUACUACUUCACUUCAACUUUUAAUUUUUGGCAAAUUCGCGGCGUCAUCGGUCCAAAACCCAUUCCUCUUUAUGGUAACUUUAAGGAUAUAAUGUUUGGCAAAACGUCAAUUCCUGACUUUGUCAAACGCGAAUACGAAAAGUACAGCGACGAGCCAAUGUUUGGUGUAUUUGCAAAUCGCGUGCCAAUUUUAAUCGUCAAUAACGCCCGGCUUAUUGAAGAAGUUUUGAUAAAACACUUUUCUUCAUUUGCCAAUCGUGGCAUUCGUAUCUUUGAGAAUAUCGAACCAUUAUCGGCCAAUCUUGUCAACCUUGAAGCUGCAAGAUGGCGCCCUUUGAGAGCCAAGCAAACAACCAUGUUUACGACAGUCAAACUUAGGGAGAUGUUUUAUUUGAUGAGACUGUGUGCUGAGCAUCUUGAAAAUACUUUGGAUGUGAUGGUAAAAAACGACGACAUCGUUGAAUGCUGCGAACUUACUUCGAGAUUUAGCACUGAUGUUAUCGGUGCAUGUGUCUUUGGAAUUGAUAUGAAAGCUUUGGCUAAUGAAAAUAGCGAUUUUCGAAAGGUCGGAAGGAAAUUUAUUUAUGCCGAUAAGUGGAGAACUUUUAAAAUAAGACUUAAGACUAUAUGCCCAUCGCUGUUUACUCUUUUAGGAUAUUUUAUGUAUGAUCAUGAAAUCAAUGACUUUUUCAUAAAAUCUAUGAUGGAAACAAUGGAAUAUAGAGAAAAGAAUAAUAUGAAAAGAGGUGACUUUGUAGAUCUAUUGAUUGAUUUGAAAAAUCACCGAGAUAAAUUUAAUUUUGAAUUGACAGAUUCGUUGUUAACUGCACAAGCAUUUGCCUUUUUCUUUGCUGGAUUUGAAACUUCAUCGACAACCAUGAGUAAUGCUCUUUAUGAAUUGGCUCUCAAUCCGGAAAUUCAGAAUAAACUUAGAGAAGAAAUUAAUUACGAGAUUACAAAAAAUAAUGGGGUAUUAGAGUACUCAAUAAUUGAGAAUAUGAAGUACUUGCAACAAGUUGUCAGUGAAACGUUAAGGAAAUAUCCAAUAGUAUCUGUAUUAGUCCGACAAGCUAUGGAAAAUUAUACCUUCACCUUUCACAAAUUGUCAAUUCCAAAAGAUACUAGAGUAUGGAUUCCAGUGUAUGGAAUCCAUCGAAACCCGAAGAUUUAUUCUAAUCCAGAUUUAUUUGAUCCAGAAAGAUUCAACGAAAAUAAUACAAAAGCAAGAAACCCAUUCUAUUAUUUACCUUUUGGAGCUGGUCCUCGUAAUUGUAUAGGAGCUCGCUUUGGCAGCAUGCAAACGAAAACUGGACUUAUCACUAUUUUGAGGAGUUAUAAGAUUGAAGCCUCUGCUAAAACUGAGAUUCCUUACAUAACGCACAGAAGAAGAUUUUUACUUGGACCUGCCGACGGCAUUUAUUUGAAAUUUACAAAAUUACAAUAAUUUGCUGGCUAAAUGUUUUUUAAUGUAAAAAGCAUUUUAUACGCGAAUUUUCACAACGUAAA